AUGGCAAUUUUUAAAUCAAUUUCAUCUAUUUCGAAUUCAACAGUCUCAAUAGGGAGUACAAUUGGUUCAUCAAACCAUACUAGAUCAAAUAUUAAUGGUAAUUCAAUUGCAUGUUUUGAUGGUGGUUUAGGUGGAAGCAAUGGAGGUUUUAAUUGUGGAUGGGGUGGUAUUGGUGGUUUUAAUGGUGGCUGUGGUGUUGGUGGUUCAAACACCAAUAUCAUAAACCUUGAUAUUGAUAUUGGUCGUCGUCAUCGUCGUCAUAGUUAUUGUUGUUAA